GGGCGCGGGAGCCUACUGCUUUAACGUGGAAGAUGAACAUCCUUAGUCUCCUUUUGGCGGGAGGGAGGUGGAGAUGUUUUCCAGUUCCAUUAGGGUCCUCCUUAUUCCAGGCCCUACGUAAUUCCUGCUGUCGGAAAAAAUCCACUGCACCGAAGAAAAUUAUUCCCCAUGUUGAUUUUUCUGAUGAAAACGCAAAGGAGUCUGGAAAGGCACUUGACAAGCUCUUCUCUUCAGAACAGCAGGCUUCCAUCUUGCAUGUGUUGAAUACAGCGUCUAAUAAAGAACUUGAAGCUUUCACAUUGCUCCGUGGAAAAAAGUCCCUCAGUAUUGUAGAGCACAGAGAAAAGUUUGGGCCAUUUCAGAAUUUGGAGAGUUUAAUGAAUGUGCCCUUGCUCCAGUAUAAAACCACCAUUCAAGUUUGUAACUCCAUUCUUAAUCCAGAGACUGGAGGGAAAAAAAGGAAGUUACAGGAAAAUCGUCUCUUGAGAAAGCUCAUCAAACCAGAAAUAGGAAGAGAGAGACUUAAGGCGAUUAAUAGUAUUGUAUCCAUUGUUUCUGGUACUCGAAGAAUUGCCUGGGCUCACCUUGAUCGUCAAUUGGCAGUGCUGGACUGGCAGCAAACUGAAUAUUGCCGAUUGAUGAAAGGAACGUACCUAUCAUCUGCCUACUUAGAAGAGAUUUCUUCAGUUGUUUCAAAGAUGCCUAAAGCCGACUUCUAUGUUCUGGAGAAAACAGGACCUUCAUUUCAGAACUCAUCUCUGUUUCCUAUACUAUUACACUUUCAUAUCAUGGAAGCCAUGCUGUAUGCCUUGCUGAAUACAACUUUUACCCAGGAUGGCCAUCAUCAGGUGCUGAGCAUGAAUCGAAAUGCAGUGGGGAAGCACUUUGAACUGAUGAUUGGUGACACACGGACUAGUGGAAAAGAGGUAGUGAAGCAGCUCCUCUCAGAGUCUGUACUGAAAGAAGAGCCUCGGGUAUUCUUCCCACCAGAUAAGAUAGUCCGCUACAGACAGAUGUUUUCAUCUACUGAACAAUACAGGGUAGAAGAGUUAUAUGAUUCAUUAUUACAAGCUAUUGCCUUCUAUGAACUGGCAGUUUUUAAUACUGAAUCUUAAAAUUCUGAGGUUAGUAUGUUACAUGUUCUUAAUAUCAUACUAAUUUAUAUUUAUUAGGUCUGAAGUUGUAAAACCAACUGUUUUGAACAUCCAUGUUAAUGGAGAAGAAAACAUAAG